AUGACACAACUACGAUGUUCCGAUCUCCGGACGAGAAAAGCUGGAGAACUUGAUCAACAGUUGAAUGAACUUCAGGAGGAAUUGCUUCGUUUGAAAACUGCUGGAAGUCGAAAUGUAGAUAAAAUUGACAAAGUUGAAAAAUCAAUUGUACAUGUGCAUAUUGUGCAAAAUCAAACAAGAAAAGACAAUUUAAGGAGUUUCUAUCAAGGAGCAAAAUACAAACCAAAAGAUUUAAGACCGAAACAAACGCGAGCGAAACGACGAGAACUAACAGAGAAAGAAGCGUCAUGUGUUUUGAAAAAAACUCAACGAAAAAAUUCUAUUUUUCCCAAACGAACAUUUGCAGUUAAAGAAUGA